AACGGGCUGAUUAAGUGUUCCACCGCCGCAUCUUCCGGUCGAUUCCCUAAUUAUUCAGGUGAUGUCCGCUGUCCCAAGGCCAGUGGACAGACCGCUGCGUGCUUCGCUCCUGCCUCCUUUAUUGCUCCAAAGGCGCCUUUGAGGGGGCUAGCAAAAGGGAAAACGACAGAAACACAUGACGGCCCUUGUCAUUAUGCGGCCCCUGUUCACCCUAACAGCGAUGAGCACGUGUCUGUAUUAGUCAGAGAUCCCGAUCAACCUGAAAACUCCAAAAUAUUGAAAGUGGCCAUCAUUGGUGCUCCAAACGCAGGGAAGUCAUCUUUGUCCAAUCAGAUCAUCGGCAGAAAGGUAUUUGCAGUAUCAAAGAAAGUACACACAACUAGGUCUCGCGCACAAGGCCUCCUUAUCGAAGAUGCUGCCCAGAUUGUCAUUUUGGACACUCCUGGGCUCACCACUCCGUCAAAAGCGAAAAGGCACCGCCUGGAGAAAUCACUCCUCGUGGACCCCAGCAGCUCUGUUCAUGAGGCUGACCUGGUCCUGGUUGUCGUGGACGUGUCGGACAAAUGGGCUCGUAGUAAACUGGGCUUUGAGGUGUUGAAAUGUCUUGCCUGCAACCCAGACAUCCCUGCUGUCCUCGUCCUCAAUAAGGUGGAUCUGGUGAAGGAGAAGACGACGUUGUUGGACAUCACGGCCGGACUGACGGAGGGAAUCGUCAAUGGUAAGAAACUCCAAGUCAGACCCACAGUCAGAGCACCGUCAGAGCUGAGGAGCGGGACCCCGGAGGUGGAGCCGGCUAGAGAACAGGUGGAUGGAGUUCCCGCCAGCGGCCUGUCCAGAACCUCCAAGGGGCAGCUUGGUGUUGAGGAGCUGAGGAGACUCCGUACCCGGCAGGGCUGGCCGCAUUUCCAGGACGUGUUCAUGCUUUCCGCCAUUGUCUCGGAGGAAGUGGAAGCACUGAAGAGGUACUUGGUGAUGGGGGCCAAGCCCGGUUCGUGGCAGUUCCACAGCGGAGUGCUCACUGACCAGAGCCCAGAGGAGAUGUGCACCAAUGCCAUCAGGGAGAAGCUUCUGGAAUACCUGCCCCAGGAAGUGCCUUACAACAUAUCCCAGACAAUCGAGAUGUGGCACGAGACAGAGGCCGGUGAACUGGACAUCAUCGUCAAACUCUGUGUCAGGAAAGAGAACUACAUGAAAAUGCUGAUUGGCCAAGGAGGUCACAUGAUCGCCAGGAUCGCUCACGAGGCCGCUGACGAUCUGAUGGAUGUGUUCCAGCGUGUCGUCAAGCUGAAGCUCUCUGUGAAAAUGGAAAAAGUGAAGAAAUGAAGGGAUGUGGGGAGAGCAACGGCAGAUUGGCAGGCGCUGUGGGCGCCGUGGUGAAUGUCUCGUCCUGCACUUGGAACCUGGGUGGGGCUGCCAGCUCUGCUCCCCCCCAGGGUGUCAUUCCAGACCUGGGGGGGCAGUAACCCAGCCUCCUGUCUCUUUACAGAUAAUGGAACUUUAUGUGGGAGCAUUGUGACAUGUUCAGUAUUAAAAUAAUUGACUCAUUGA